UGGACCUUCUCAAGCUCCCUGUCUUCAACAAUGAGCUCAAUCGAAAAAUCAAAUGCUGUAGUACCAAAACAAAAGAAACUCAAGCCCGCUCGCAAACAGGUCAAGCCAGGAGACGUCGAGAAAAAAGAGACACCACAGACUGGAAAAGAGUACAACAUUUGGUAUAAUAAGUGGGCAGGAGGUGAUCGUGAAGAUAACUACUCAAACAAAGUAAAGUCUCAAACUCGGUGCAAUAUUCGCAAGGACGCUGGUUUGACUCGUGCCAAUACAACUGGUAUCAAAUACUGCUGUCUCUUCUUUUCUCGCGGAUGCUGUCCUUACGGAUGGGAGUGUGAAUACCUUCACACUCUUCCUGACCCGUUGAAGGCUCUGCCCGAUAGUUCAAAAGACUGUUUCGCCCGAGACAAAUUUUCAGACUACAGAGAUGAUAUGGGUGGUGUCGGAAGUUUCAACAGACAGAAUCGGACACUUUACAUCGGUCGAAUAAAAGAAACCGGAAACGGUCAAGAGACGGAGGAGGUUAUCCAAAGGCACUUCAAAGAAUGGGGCGAGGUUGAACGAAUCCGAGUAUUGCAAUACCGUAGUGUGGCAUUCGUCACUUACGUUUCAGAGCUCCACGCUCAAUUUGCCAAAGAAGCUAUGGCAUGUCAGUCCCUAGAUAAUGAUGAGAUUCUCAACGUUCGAUGGGCGACGGAAGAUCCCAAUCCUGUACAGAAAGUUGCCGAAAAGCGACGAUUGGAGGACAUAGGGCAGGAAGCAAUUAAGGCUCGCAUGGAUCCACGGAUAGUGGACGCGAUGAGGGCCGUCCGAGCGCUAGAGGAUGGGGAAACACUGGAUGACGCUGAUGAAUUGAUGGAUGUUCAACACGAAAACAAAGACGGCGAAGAACAGGAGGCGAAGAGGAGGAAGAUUGAACAGGAACCGUUAAGUCCAACGGAGCCCCGAAGCCCGUUUGGAUUGCUCACGGAAGAUGCCUUGGAGGGAAUGAAGUAUUUUGCAGAGAUACGUAAACGUAAUGGUCCUGGGCAAGCCACAUUUAACAAGACAGGGAUCGCAAUACCGCCGACCGGAUUAGGCUUAGGGGAUUAUGGGAGUGAUGAGGACGAGUGAUGAAGUUUGUGUAAUAUAUCCGCCGAUAAAUUUUCAGCCUUUACACAGCGAGAAUAACAUUGUGUCUGUAUUCUUAGUGUCUCAGUGGCUCUUGGUGACGUCCAGGAGGGAACCACGACCAGUACGUGCGAAACUAUUGCAGUCUCUUGCAUCUUUCGUGAUUCACACAGAUUUGAUCACGUCUCCCCCGUUUCUGCAGCCCUCAUGCCAAUAAUGUCUGGAGGGUUUUGUACCAUCAAUCAAAGAGCUGCAGUUUUUUUCUUACACUCCCCACGCGAUGCCCGGUCUCUAGAAAAGCCGGAUGCCCUGAGUACGUUAAGCAGGCGCCUAGUAGGCUACUUCAAUAAAAUAUUCCAAGAGUAUUCUCCCUCGGCCGAUGAUACAUUCUGUUCUUAGCUCGUCAGUUGUAUAGUCUGGUCCGAAGUAAGGACCUUUGGCAGGAACCCCC